AUGGGCGCAAAAGGCCUCAUGCAGAAGGGAGUUCCUCCCACUCUCCCCAAGUGGAUUCUAUACAUCAAAAUCGCCAUUCUCGUGCUCUCCCUCAUCAUCCUGGCGCUCGCCGCCUACGCGGUCUCGCUGUUUAGUGGAUGGUACACCUACGGCUAUGCGGGCGCACCUGGCUUCCUCAUCUUCGUCACCAUCAAGACUUUCAUCGUUUUUGGUGCUAUCAUCGCUGUUGAAAUUUGGGCUCCUCGCUACUACUAUCGUAUCGCUGCCCUCAUUGGCUACAUUCUCGGCAUAAUCUUCUGGCUGUCUGCUUGGGCCUGGGCCGCAUCCGUUGCAGCGUUUUGGCUAUCCUAUGUAUGCUCCUACGGCUAUUGCGAUGGCCCGUUCAAGGGCGAAGGUGGCUCAAUGGCUGCCUGUGCUGGCUUGGGAGCUGUGGUGUGGGUCCUGUCUAUCGUAAACCUUGUCUUCUUCAUCCGCGCGUGUCUUGCGGAUCCCGAGGGCUCUGCCCCUAGCCAGAACCAGGCUGAGCUCGGACAAGUUUACAAGCAAGAUGCCCCUGUCAAUCAGCAAAGCUACCCUCAGGAAUAUAACCAGCAACCGACCUAUCAGCAACAGUACCCAAGCCAGUAA